UUGGAAACAAAACAAAAAAAAAAAGGAAACACUCAUGAGAUAAUCUUCUUCACCCAGUUGCUGGGAAAGUUCGCAGUGGAUUUGUGCUUCUUAAAGUCCAGAUCUCCUGAAGCUCUGUUUGGUUGCCUGACACCCCCCACCACCCCACCCCAAAAAAAGAAAUAAAGAAGAACAACUAUCUCCCUCUUCUCUUUUCCCUUUUUGUUCUAUCUCUCUGUCUCUUCUUUCUCAGCAGUGGAGUUUGUCCUGACAGUGUCCAAAGUGGUUAAGAAGAUAAACAUCAUGACCUGCUAGCGACACACAGAACAACAUGGACAAGCAAUAACAGAGAGUCACACCAGGGGAGGAGUGUUGGCCGUUAUGACAAGCUCAUGAUGACCACCCUUUCUGCGACUGAUAUUGCUGAUGUUGGUCAUGGGGCGAAUCUGGGGUGUGUCACUGAGGAGGACUCAGUGAGUGCAGCAGAAGUGAAACAUGAGUUACACACUUCUCCCAGUCAACCAGUUUCAUUCACCAGUUCUCCUAAAGAGCCGAGAGAGACGCUGCACAUGGACCCCAGCGACAUCAAACUGGAUCCCUCUACAGACACACCUGCAAGAGAGGGGCAGCCAGUGAAGAGGAAGAAGGGUCCAGCUCCCAAGAUGCUGGGGAACGAGGUGUGUAGUGUGUGUGGAGACAAGGCCUCUGGUUUCCACUACAAUGUACUGAGCUGUGAGGGCUGUAAGGGCUUCUUCAGGCGCAGCGUGAUCAAAGGAGCGCAGUACGUCUGCAAGAACUCGGGCCGCUGUGAGAUGGACAUGUACAUGCGCCGAAAGUGUCAGCAGUGUCGGCUGCGCAAGUGUCGGGAGGCGGGCAUGCUUGAGCAGUGUGUGCUUUCGGAGGAGCAGAUUCGGUUGAAGAAAAUGAAGAAGCAGAACGAGGAAGAGACAGCUCGUAGCUCAGCCGUGGCUGCACCGAGCCCAGCGGCUGACGUUCUCCCUUUGGCUCCAGAACAGCAGGAAAUGAUCGAGAAGUUAGUCGCCAUGCAGAAACAGUGCAACAAACGCUCCUUCAUCGACCGGCGCAAAGUCACUCCAUGGCCGCAGAGUCAGGACCCCAUGAACCGGGAAGUGCGGCAGCAGCGCUUUGCUCACUUCACCGAGCUGGCAAUCAUGUCGGUGCAGGAGAUCGUGGACUUUGCUAAACAGCUGCCUGGUUUCCUGGAGCUCACCCGUGAGGACCAGAUUGCCCUGCUCAAGACCUCCACCAUUGAGAUCAUGCUGCUAGAGACGUCUCGCCGCUACAAUCCAGCGAUCGAGAGCAUCACUUUCCUCACGCCAGACUUCAGCUACAAUAAGGAUGACUUUGCCAAAGCAGGGCUGCAGAUCGAGUUCAUUAACCCCAUCUUUGAGUUCUCAAAGGGCAUGAAUGACUUGCACCUGGAUGAGGCAGAGUAUGCCCUGCUUAUCGCUAUAAACAUCUUUUCAGCAGACCGACCCAACGUGCAGGAUCAUGAUUUGGUGGAGAAGCUCCAACAGCCGUAUGUGGAUGCUCUGCAUUCGUACAUCAGGAUCAAGAGACCAAAUGAUCACCUGAUGUUCCCACGUAUGCUGAUGAAGCUGGUCAGCCUGCGCACCCUGAGUAGUGUUCACUCUGAGCAGGUCUUCGCUCUGCGACUGCAGGACAAGAAACUUCCCCCUCUUCUGUCUGAAAUCUGGGAUGUCCAUGAAUGAAAAUAACUAUAAAUGGCCAGCCCCAAGGAUAUAGACAUGCAGGCUUUUAUGGCUGAAGGGUGCAGGAUCAUGCUGUCCUUCAGGCCCACUAACUGCCCUGGCCUUGAGGAGCUUGUUUUUAUCUUCCUCUGGACUUAUGAUUGUACGCUCCUGUGCAGGAUACAGUGGUUUGUGGUCGGCCUUCUCAGAAUCAGUACUCUGUAGACUGUCUAGACCAUCCAGAAAUGUUUAGCGACUGACUAUAAGCAUUUUGGAUCCAGAUUCUUGCUUAUCGGAAUGAAUGACUGUACAUUUAAGGUGGUUGAUUAUACUUCUUUUUACAAUACGUAUUCCACUGGGAAAACUUGCAGCCCAUUUGAGCUCAAAUCCAGAGGGAUGCCUUCGAGAAGCAGGUGAAUGCAGUGAAUUAGCUAGCUAGCAGAAGGUUUGGCUCUAUACUGUAUGGGCAUAAUUUCUCCCUCCAAUUUGGGGCCAAAAACCUGUCAUUUCACACAUGGUCAUGGAGCAGUGCUCCUACAAAUGACCUGUUUGAGGAUAAUUUGAGAAACAGUUAAGUCUUUCUCGUACAUCACCGUUUUUGCUUUGAUAUGAGCUUGUUUUCAAGCCUCUUCAGGGACAGUACAGGAAUAAAGUGGGAUAUCUGCAUCAGUCACAUAGUGUGAAAGCUAUGUAUAAGGAAUUUAUAGUUUGUGUAAUGUGAAAGAGGCAUUAUGGAAAUUUUCAUAGAACUAAUGUGUCAGAACUGAUUGAGUGGUGGAGAAUGAAACAAAGCUUCUCUGUAGGCUUGAUGAAGUCCUACGUUUUUGCUAUUCCUUUAUUAAUUUCCAGAAGGAGUGGGCAUGGCUAUGUUAAGGCUACGUACAAUCUUGGGUACACUGUCUAGAAGCAAUGGGAUGGUGAUGGUGAUGGUGAACACAAUGCAAUCUCUGCUUCAUCUAAAAAUAAAAAAUCCAGCACAUUACUUACAGGGAUUGGCAGGCGUCAGUAGACCUGUCAACAUAAACCAGUAUGCUGCUUACAAAAACUACUGUAAAGGUGGGUUGAGAAAUUUCAUGUGUAAAAUAUAUAACAUUGAACAUAGGUAUGGGUUUAUAACUUUGUUUUAUUUCAACCAUUGUCAUUUAGUAACUGCUAGUAACAGUUUAUUAUACAGUGAAACCAUUAAUGUCGUGUCCUUGUGCCCUUCCUGGCAGUAGUUCCAUGGCCUAACGGUGCAAAAAGCAAAAUUAGAGUACGAUGUAAUUAAUGUGUCUUCUGAACUAGGAGUUAAAUAUACAUUGGUUUUUAAUGAUCAGUGCUACUUCUUUUCUGAAGCCAUGCUCUGGAAGCAUUCUCAUCUGUUGACCACUGCCACACCAAUUAAAACUGCUACAGGGUCAUGUUGCAUCACCCACUUUAUCUCAUUCUGGCUGGAUUUUUCCCUUAAAUCAGCUUAUUUGUAGUAACCUCAUUGUUUUGCUUUGCAGCUUGGUAGGGAAUAGCCUACUCUGUAUCCAGUUAGUCAGAUGAAGUGGAUUUCCGCAGCAAUAUGUACCUGUAAUAUUGAGGAAAGUAGCUCUUGUGCGAUUGUAGCUCUAAUAAGUAUUGGAGUUAUGAAGAGCCUCUUAUAGUGUGAAGAAUUUGAGCUUUGACAAAAUCCAGUGCUAUUCUCUGGAAAAAAACAAAAACAUUUCAAAGUUAUUAUCUAAGAUUCUUAUUCGAACCCAUUCACACCUGGUCGUUUUGUGCAAUUGGAUCUGGAUAGUAUCCGGAUUUUAAAGAUUUUUAACCCACGUGCAUAUACACGUCAAAUGCGUCUCCGGUCAGACAGAUUAGACAGUUGUUAAUAUGCAAAUUUAUAUUAUAAUAUGCGCAGUGGCUCCUUCAAACAUCAACUUUCAGUGCACCUUUUUAUGAUUUCAUACGAGUAAUCGUAUUUAAUUCUGAUUGUUCAGAUCACAUAUAAAAUAUUUUAUAAAUGCCUCCUGUUGCAUUCACACUUUAGCAUUUUUUUUUAAUGUGGAUAAUCUCCAUCUGGAUAUAAUCCUAUUAUUCUAGACGAGUAAAAUGUUGAAAUGUAAAUGGGGACUUUGCGUUAUAUAAUUUACCUCCAGCUAUUAUUUAUGCUUUGGCCUUAGUGACAAAGUAACUUCCCCAGAUUAAAAACCCUGUACUGUUUUAUUCAGAACUCGUCAUAGGAGUAAACCUAAAUUGGCAGUUGUAUUGAUUCUUACUGGUUCUUACUGCAAUUGAAAAUGUGGUUUCAAGGACUGAUUCCCCCUUGAACUCUCAUGCUUCUCUUCUUAGCAUACACUAUAAUAAAUACAUUUAAUUGUAAAUUUAUUUAAUAAAAUUAUUUCUUCCUAAGCACUGUCUGAGAAGAUUAGAAAGGUAACAAUGCAAACAAAUCAUUGAGAUUUUUACAAGGAUAGUGCAAAUAUAACUGACUGUGUCUGGCAUCUAAAAAUAGCGUUCUUUGAAAUCAGAUUUGAAUAAAUUUGUGUGUACUAUAAUGUGAUCAAAUCUUCUGAAUAGUUUAUUGGCUUUUGUAUGAUAUGUUGAUCUCUCAUAACACAACUAUGGUGUCGAGUUUCUUAGCCUUAGAGAAUGCACGAUCAUUACACCAUUCAUUUGUUUUUCCACAAUUGUGUGUGUGUGUGUGUGUGUGUGUGUGUGUGUGUGUGUGUGUGUGUGUGUGUGUAUACACUUGCCUUUUCUCAAUCUAUUUUUAAAUGUAUUGGCUUUUAACACGUUUAGUUCAGAUCUAAUUUGUAAUGAUAAUUUAUUUUAUAUGCCCUUGUGGGUGAACCUUUUCCUCUUAAUUCAUCUGACCUCCUGUGGUGUGGUAUGAAACAAUGGUGGCAUAUAAAUGCAAACUUAUGUUUUAACGCCUUAAGUCUUUGGAUAAAAUUCUUUAUACACAUAAUUUAAAAGCUGACAAAUUGUAUUGUUCUGCCAGAGUAUGUAUGUAUAGCUUAUAUUUGUUUGUUGAAAAUGUAGAUGACUAAACACCUCAACUAUUCUUUAUACUGAAAUACAUUGACCUGAAACAUGGAA